AGUAGGAGGACCCGGGCCUUAUGAAAGCUAAGAGGGUUAAGGCCUUUGUUUGAGGAGAAAUGGACAAGAUACUUGACUCUCAGCAGAUGGGUAUUAUCCCCGUAUCAGCAGGGACAUCGUUGACCACAUCUACCCCAUGGACGAGAACCUGGAGUUCCACAUCAAGUGUCAAAGACCAACCUGGCGGUGCAUGAGGACAAAAACAAGGUGCCCUGUGUUAAGGGCUGUACGGAACGCUUUGUGUCCAGUCCAGAAGAGGUUAUGGAUGUCAUCGAUGAGGGAAAGUCCAAUCAUCACGUGGCUGUUACAAACAUGAAUGAGCACAGUUCUUGCAGUCACAGCAUCUUCCUGAUCAACAUCAAGCAGGAGAACAAAGAGAUAGAACUGAAGCUGUCAGAACAACUUUACCUGGUGGAUCAGGCUGGUAAUGAGAAGGUGCGAAGUCUACCUGGCCUGGUGGAUCUGGCUGGUAGUGAGAAAGUGAGAAGUCGACUUGGUGGAUCUGGCUGGUUGUGAGAAGAGCUAAAACCAUUAAGAACACAGUGUCAGUGAACCAGGAGCUGACAGCUGAGGAGUGGAAGAAGAAGUACGAGAAGGAGAAGACCAAAGGCCUGAAAUACAUGAUCCAGAAACUGGAGACCGAGCUCAAAAGCUGGAGAAAAGCCCCGCCCCGUGUCCCGCUAUUGGAUGAGGAGAAGAGCCGAUAUGAGGGGCUCAUCACCGACAUAUACCAGCAGCUGGAUGACAAGGAUGAUGAGAUCAACCAACACAGCCAAGGAGCAGAUGAUCGAUCUAGAUGAGACCACUCUGGCAGGGGUAGAGGGAGCUGACCAGUCUACAGGAGCUCAGUAGUUAUCAUAAGAAGAGAGCAGCAGAGAUCCUCAGUCUACUGCUCCGAGACCUCAGUGAGAUAGGAGGCAUCAUCGGCACCAGUGACCUCAAGGCUGUCAUCGAGGAGGAGUUCACCAUGGCUCGUCUCUACAUCAGUAAGAUGAAGUCAGAGGUCAAGUCUCUGGUGAACCGCAGCUGGAGAGCUCCCUGGCCGACACCUCCCGCAUGAUGCAGGCCAAUGAGAAGGAUCUGGUCUCCUGUCAGUUACUCAUUGCCCAGCGCCAGGCUAUGAUCACGUCUCUGACAGACUCCAUGCAGCGCCAGGCUAAGAUCACGUCUGACAGACUCCAUGCAGCGCCAGGCUAAGAUCACGUCUCUGACAGACUCCAUGCAGCGCCAGGCUAAGAUCACGUCUCUGACAGACUCCAUGCAGCGCCAGGCUAAGAUCACGUCUCUGACAGACUCCAUGCAGCGCCAGGCUAAGAUCACGUCUCUGACAGACUCCAUGCAGCGCCAGGCUAAGAUCACGUCUCUGACAGACUCCAUGCAGCGCCAGGCUAAGAUCACGUCUCUGACAGACUCCAUGCAGCGCCAGGCUAAGAUCACGUCUCUGACAGACUCCAUGCAGCGCCAGGCUAAGAUCACGUCUCUGACAGACUCCAUGCAGCAUCAGGCUAAGAUCACGUCUCUGACAGACUCCAUGCAGCGCCAGGCUAAGAUCACGUCUCUGACAGACUCCAUGCAGCACCAGGCUAAGAUCACGUCUCUGACAGACUCCAUGCAGCAUCAGGCUAAGAUCACGUCUCUGACAGACUCCAUGCAGCGCCAGGCUAAGAUCACGUCUCUGACAGACUCCAUGCAGCGCCAGGCUAAGAUCACGUCUCUGACAGACUCCAUGCAGCGCCAGGCUAAGAUCACGUCUCUGACAGACUCCAUGCAGCGCCAGGCUAAGAUCACGUCUCUGACAGACUCCAUGCAGCGCCAGGCUAAUCACGUCUCUGACGUCUCUGACAGACUCCAUGCAGCGCAGCAGGCUAAGAUCACGUCUCUGACAGACUCCAUGCAGCGCCAGGCUAAGAACACGUCUCUGACAGACUCCAUGCAGCGCCAGGCUAAGAUCACGUCUCUGACAGACUCCAUGCAGCGCCAGGCUAAGAUCACACAUGCAGGCUAA